GGCAAUUGAGUUGAUACUUGUGCAAACAUGUGGAGGAGAGUUUUCGUGUUUUCUUGCAUUUUCUUAUAUGUUCUUGCUACUUUACCGGAUUUCGGUAUACCCGGAUAUAGCUGUGAUGCAAAUGUAAUGAAAAAGAGUAAAAAAGUGCCAACAAAUGUGAACUCCGUACGACCAGCAGAUAUCAAGCUGAUCAUGGCACUAGGAGAUUCUCUGACGGCCGCAAAUGGAGCUGGUGCCGAGGAUCCGGUAGCAGUCGUUCUGCAAUAUCGUGGUCUUGCAUUCCAAGCCGGAGGUGACAAGACAUUAGAAGAACACGUCACUAUUCCAAAUAUUCUCAAAAAAUACAAUCCAGACGUGUUUGGAUAUUCUAAUGGAAUCGGGUCUCCAAAUGUCUGGGAAAUUGCUCGUCUCAAUGUUGCCAUGCCAGGAGCUAACGCGAAGGAUCUUCCAGGACAGGCCCGGCAAUUGGUACAACUUCUCCAGCAGCAUACAGAGGUUGUAAACAUGAAGGAGGAUUGGAAGUUGUUGAACAUUUUCAUUGGAGGAAAUGACAUUUGUGGUUAUUGCAGAAAACCAGUGGAGGAUUCCCCAUACAACUGCGCGCAGGACAUCAAACAAGCCGUGCAAAUAAUUUACGAUAAUGUUCCACGUGUCAUUGUUUCCCUCACAGGAAUGUUGCAUCUCGAGAUGCUGCGCCAAACUGAUACCGGCCACUGGUUCUGUCAACGUUUGCAUCAUGACGAGUGCGGCUGCGAGAGCAAUAAGAACUUCACCGAUGCUGAUAUCAGACAGGCUUGCUAUGAUUAUAACAAGUACGAAAAACAAAUUGAGACCGACGGAACUUUUGAGAAAAACGACUUCACAUAUGUGGUUCAACCAAUGUUCCAAGAUACUUUGAUUCCCCCAAUGGAAAAUGGAAAACCAACUCAAAAGUUCUUCGCACCGGAUUGCUUCCAUUUCUCACAAUGGGGACAUGCUCUUGUGAGCACUUAUCUUUGGAAUAACAUUUUACAGCCAGUUGGCUCAAAAUCUACAGUUUCAAACAUGUCAGUGCCACUUCAGACAUUGGCCUGCCCAGAUGCGGCUUGCCCCUUCAUCCGAACACCUAAGAACAGCCAGGACUGUAGUCAAUACAUGACCCCUCAUGCUUAAUAAUUUUAUGAUAUAUUUAUAUUCGAUAUGUGUGUUUGUAUCAAAAUUGUCUAUAUUCAUAUGAAAAUUUUCGACUCGC